UGUACGGGAAGUAUCAAGUCUGGAAUAAAAAGGGAAAUAUGAUUCUACACCUAUAACCAAGUUUUAAAUGUCGUAACGAUCCUAUCCUGAUAGUUUUUUAAUGAUGGCGAAGCUGAAAUGUGGCUGCAUGCUACUGGCGAUCUGCUUAUAUUUUUCUCUGUUUCUAUGUGUACUUAAUCUGAGGUUUUAUUUACUAAUUGGAAUGAUUAACUCACCUUUAUUGACAUGCGUUACGCGUGUCAAAGUGGUUCCCGAUGCCAUAAUUAUAUCUUAAUCUGAUGCAAAUCAAAUAGAGAUUUUCCAAUAAGCUUUUGGAGGUAUCUUUUGUGACCAAGGAUUUUUCAAUAAUUGCUGAAGCUGGUUGAAACUCAUUUUACUCUGGAUUGACGACAUUUAUGUUCUUAGCAAUCCCCGACAUUAAUACCCAGUUGCCAAAUAUAUAUUCCGUUAUUUUCGUAAAAUAUUUCAGUAUUUAGCAAUGAUCUUAUAAACAUGAUUUUCAUAAGUAAUGCACGUUCAUGCCAACUUCAGCGCAAUCUUUUCACUAUGUUUACGAGUGACAUUCAAGAUUACAAAAAAUUAAAUAUACUGGCAUCAUCAUAGUGUUCAUUCAUUUAGUUUGAUUUCAUUUCCCCUGUGAUAAAUUUUGUUUUACGAAUGUUCAUUUCAAAACUGUUCCUACAUCUCUUGAAAUUUGCAGUAUCGUAUUACACACGUUUUCUCUACAAUCUCGCUUCAGUUGAAAAGCAGUGACAGUUGUAAAAAUUAUCGUACACUAGAAAUUUAUUUCUACAGAAACUUGUAUGAAACUUACUAGUUAUAUUCCCUUAUAAGUAAUCUUUCUAAAUGGCAUCAAUGAGCAAACGUGACACGGAGCAAUUCAAGAAAAUAUUCAAAUACCUAGAUAAAAAUAAUGAUGGCGUUGUUUCGUAUCAAGAACUGAGAAGUGAAAUGAUGUCACAGGGAGUUGCAGAAAAAUUGAUAAAGGAAGUAAUGGACUCAUUGGACUUGAACAAAGAUAACAAAGUUACGUUUGAGGAGUUUCUAGAAGCUGUCAAAAAGAAUGUGUGUAAAUGAAUAACUAUUUCGUUGUACUAAAAAUAUUUACACACACACAAGAGUUGAUUCUUUUUCUGUCUUGUUGUCGUUUUAAUAACUUCUGCAUUUUCAUUUUAUUGCUGUUUAUUAUUGGAUGAAAAUCAUAACAUGAAAUUUCAUCCAUAUUUAGCCUUACUUUCUCGUUUGCAAGUUAAUUUAACUACACAUUGAUACUUUUGUUACAAAUGUUUCGGUAUUGUCUAGUGGAUAACUUGCAUUUUCCGAUCCACAAGUAUAGAGUCUUAUAUAUGAAUCCUAGUUAGGAUUUCAGUGGAUAGUUUCACAAAUACUGGGCGUUGAUUGAAAAGUUGAAAAUAGAUAUGUUACACUUAUAUAAAUCUCAGUGGGUUUAAAAUAAGAAAUUCCAACGUUUGUAUGGAAGACUGG